UUCUCCAGACUUCAGGACAGAGGAGGUAGGCAGCAGGAGCAAUGGCGCUGGAACACGCCAGCUCCCGCACAGGGAUUUCCUCAGGACGGGGAGUGCAAGCAGCCACGGUGGGGACACUGGAGAGGAUCCCUGCCAGAAUAAACAGGAUUAAAACAACGUCUAAGAAGAGACAAGGACUUGAUUCCUAUUUAUUUAUUUGAGCACAGUGAAUGUGUACUGAUUAAGAAGAACUGAGAAAAAACUCGCCCGAGUGGGAGGGUCCCAGGGAAACCUGUUUUCUCUCACUGUGUCUAGAUUUGUUUCCUCCCUAUGUGACUGUGACAGCGCCACACCAGGCCCGUGGACAGGACAGGACAACUUGCGUGAGCCGUCUUUCUCCUUCAACCACCUGGGUUCUGGGGAUCCAGUUCAGGUCAUCAGGCUUGGUGGCUGGUGGCUUUACGUCAAGAGUCACCUCACCGGCACCAGCACCCUUAGAAAGCGUGCACGCGGCUCUCUGGGUCUGGUUUCAGUCACCAAGUACCCCUUUCCAUUUUCAUCUCCAUACAGCAGCACUGAAUUCUCUGCGGCUGGUGGGGACUGUGCACACAGCUGUCUGAGAAGCAGGGGCUUCUGUAGCCCAGGCUGCGAUGAAACCCUCCGUAGGGAAGGAUGUCAGAACCACCCUGCCUCCUCAUCACAAGGGCUGGAAUGGCAGAUGACAUACUAUGCCUGGUUUCCGGGGUUUGGUGGACGGGACACAGACAGCCUGUAAGCCACACAAGCCUCUACCUCUGAGUCUAUACUGCAGACCAGCUAAGACAUCCAGCCUCUUGAAUGAAUGAGCAACUACUGGAUCCUCAGACCUUUCACUGGUGGACAUCCACUGCUGGACUAGCUGGACCACAGCCUCACACCUUGGCUUACCCGGGACAGGAAAGAACAGCUCUUGGGAGUUGGUCCUUUUCUGCCACCUUGUGGUGUUCAGGGAUCAGACUCAGGUUGUCAGCGCUUCGUGUAUGACUCUACCAGCUCACUGGCGCAACCUGACUCUCUCUACACGUACAUGUACCCAACCUGGGCUUGGGGCCCCAUCUGUGCGGAACAGGAGCUGAGCAUUGGCACAUUUACUCCCUCCACGCUCUCUUUGACAAAGCAACAGCCAUAGAAGGGAGCCCCAUAUCCUUGUGGCCUCAGCCAGCUUUCCCAGCCCUACAUGGGAGGAGAGAUGCCCUGGACCAUUCUUCUGUUUGCAUCUGGCUCCUUGGCCAUCCCUGCACCGUCCAUCUUCCUGGUGCCCCCCUACCCAAGCAGCCAAGAGGACCCCAUCUACAUCUCAUGUACAGCCCCGGAGGACUUCCUCGGGGCCAACUUCACGCUGUUCCGAGGGGAAGAGGUGGUCCAGCUUCUGCAGGCCCCCUCGCACCAGCCUGGUGUGACCUUCAAUGUGACUGCUGGUGGCAGUGGCGAGGGGGGCAAGGCUCCUGGGGGGAACUUCCACUGUCAGUACAGUGUGAUUGGUGAGCACAGCCAGCCCCAGCUCUCAGACCUCAGCCAGCCUGUGCAAGUCUCCUUCCCAGUCCCCACCUGGAUCUUGGCGCUCUCUCUGAGCCUGGCUGGAGCUGUCAUCCUCCUCGCAGGGCUGGUGGCUGUCGCUGUGGUGGUCAGGAAAGUUAAAGCCAGAAACUUACAGAAGCAGAGGGAACGUGAAUCCUGCUGGGCUCAGAUCAACUUCACCAACACAGACAUGUCCUUCGAUAACUCUCUAUUUGCCAUCUCCACGAUAAAGAAAAUGACUCAGGAAGACUUGGUGGCAACCUUGGAUGCACAUCCUUGCAACUCAGGACCUCGAAAGAGGCCCACCUCUGCAUCAUCCUCUCCGGAGCCCCCGGAGUUCAGCACUUUCCGGGCCUGCCAGUGAGGCUGAGGAGUGAGGACCUCUUUAUCCAGUUCUCUCCCUUCCGCUGCCCAUGGCUGCAGAAGCUGGACAUCUGUCCAGAGACCUGGCAGUAGGGCGAGGUCAAGCCCGGGCAUUCGUAGGGAUGAACUGGCCAGAGGAAGGAGACCUCUGGUGUUGUGACCUUCCUCACAGAAGACAGGAAAACCAGUCACCUCUGUAGACUCCCAGAAUGGUCAGCUCACCAGGGAAGCGAUACCACUGCAUCUGGACACCAGCUGGACAUAAGAGGUCUAACUUCUGUACCGCCUUUCCUGUGCUUCCAGCUGCACCCCACUUCCAGACUGGGUGUUUUCUUGGGGGUGUGUGUGUAUGUUUUUAGCUGUUGUUUCUAGACAGGGUCUCACUAUGUAGUGCUGGCUGUCCUGGAACUCACUAUGUAGACAAGGCUGGCUUUAAACUCAUAGGGACCCACUUGCCUCUCCCUCCAGAGUGCUGGGAUUAAAGGCUCGUG